AUGACAGAAGACACCAAUGGCGCCCAUACAAUCGUCAAGUUUAUCAGCUCUCUCGGUGGUCCUGUGUAUGCCGCAGAGGAAGUGGCUUGGGCGAGCUCUGUACCUCAAGGCAAAGCACUUCUCGAAUGGUUAGCGUCGCAAGUGAGGCACCAUGCAAUAGCGACCCACAUUGAAGGCGGCGGCGAUGACGUGGUCGAGUACCGAGCGUCGUUGGAUCCGAUAGCUUUGCAUGAGCGAGAACUACGCGAGCUAUUUUCAGCAACUACAUCCGAACAAUCUACUCGCGUCAGAAGCAAUAAUGCUGCGGGAUAUAUCAGUCCGAGUAUUCUCAGUACGCGUUCCUCCCUGAUGGAGAAAGAGUCGGAACUACUCGAAGAUGAGACGCGACUGCUGAAACAUAGGCUGAAGAGCUCGAAGGUCGCAGCUAAGGAUCUUACCCAAGCAAUCAAAGCCUUACAGAUCGAGGUAGAAACGGUCGGCAAAGAGAUACAACAGCAGGAUGCCAGGCUCAAUGAACUAUGUAUCAAUGCCGACACCGUAGUGUCUAGAUCAGCUCGCACUGCUGAGAGGUUGCUAGAAUUGACCAAGGAAGACGGCCCAGCUGAUGGCAGUGCGGAACAGUCGAGGACCUCACCGGUUCGAGAUUCCCUCGUGGAUAUAUCAAGUCUGCAUGGAAGUGUUGCUUCGGCUGCGGCAUCGCGGUUGGCGGCCGUCGACGAGGCUGCUGCAUCGUUACCGACGCCUACAGAGGUGAAGCAGGAGGUGGCCAGGCUGCAAGCGUCUCUUGAAAAUUCGCGUGGCAGACAAAACCACGUCAACGCCUAUCCGGAUUCCAGAUCCAUGUCGACAGAUGCCUACUGCGCGGAACUGGAUAGAAUAUCACAUUUGCUGGAGUCGGUCUCUGAUACAGAGAACAAGCAACGUUUGCUCAACGAUCUCGUGGUGGGGGAACGAUCCGAACUCAAGGUCGACGACGAUUGCGUCGACAUCGUGGAGGAAGUGGCCCGUGCAUGGUCCCUAGACCAAGCAGCAAUUCUGGAGGCACGCGAGAAGAUCGUCGAUGAGGCGAUAAAGCGCUUCACGGAAGACCUUCUUCCCCCACUUGGGGUACUGCAUCGCGCGCUGGCGGCACGCAGCGAGUACAAUCUUGAGGCUGAGGCGCUCGUGAGCGUGCUAAUCGAGGAGCUCGAAGAGGUCGCAGAUGACGUUGCUGCUGUCAAGCAGCAUAUGGCCCGGGCCAGCGCUAGUGCCGAGGCCGCGGACGCACGAGAGAAGCACGCGCACGCGCUGCUUGAAGAGGAGCUGACUGAGCUGCUGAAACGCACACAAGGCUCUAGGCCGCCUGAUGCUCGGCCUUUGGUGCUGCUGGAGCGGGAAGAUGUUACAAUGGAGUUGAAGGCAGUUCGUGAACGCGCACAAGCUGCCGAUGAGGGACAGACGAGGUGGACCUCGACGCUCGCGCCGAAGCUAGCUGAGCUAUCAAGCACUCACGCAGACUUGCUGGCUGUUGUGUACGAGAAUGCCCCAGUCAAUACUUCUCCGCCAUUCGGGCUGCCUACUGAUGCACGGGCUGUCGUCGCAUCAAUCAAGGAGACAGCUAUUCGCCUUGACGCCAUGUUGCAGCGGUUACAGAAAGACUCACAGUUGGGUGACCGAGAUAAAAGGAAGCUCACAGCAUUCGUCGAGAAGUGGGCACGUUAG